CCCAGGCUCAGGCAUUCGCUUCCCGGCAAUCUGAGAGUUCGCAACACAACGCGCUUCGAUGUCCGAGCCCGCGGUACCAUUUCAUCUAUAAGGAUUGUUGGGGUGACUGUUAAAGGAAGUUCAGUAGUUGGGUCUUGGAAAUUGGAAUAAAUCGGUGUUUGGGUGAUGUGCAAUUUAAAAGUGAAGUGUACAAUUUCUUAGAAAUUGGCAGGUUUCCAAAUUUUUAAAUCUAGUCAAAGGAUUAUUGGAUACUCUUAAGUAAUUCAGAAGGAAGCAGAAGUCAAAGACCCACACCACAACAAGCGUUUCAGUUGUCCAACCUGCUGUCCCCCUCCAGAUUUUCGAAUCUUUCGGCACGUGCUGGACACGCGUCGCCAAUCAGCGGAUCGGAAGUGUUAGCUUUACCGUUAUGCACUUAGCGGGCAAUUAGGGCGACAAACGGAAGCGCAAGAUUUUAACAAGCUCCAAGGUCUUGAUUGCCUGACAAUGUUUUCCAUGGACAACUUUGACUUGGAGGCCACAAUGGCGCGCCAUUUCUUCGAGGGAUCGCAGGCCACCAACGCCUCCACCUCCAGCUCCGAUUAUUUUUUUGGCGACGAGCACAGCUCCGAAAGCGAUGACGAGGAUGACGCCUACAGCAGCGGCUUCAACAGCGACCAGGAGAAUACCGAGAAGACCCGGCGGAGCCACAAGCCACGGCGCUUGAAGUGCGCCUCCCAAAUGGCCCAGCAGCGGCAGGCGGCCAAUCUCCGGGAGCGUCGGCGGAUGCAGAGCAUCAACGAGGCAUUCGAGGGCCUGCGCACCCACAUUCCCACGCUGCCCUACGAGAAGCGACUGAGCAAGGUCGACACACUCAAGCUGGCCAUCAGCUACAUAACCUUUCUCAGCGAGAUGGUCAAAAAGGAUAAGAACGGCAACGAACCCGGCCUAAGCUUGCAGCGCAAUUACCAGAAGGAACCGCCCAAGAAAAUCAUCCUCAAGGAUCGCACUGGCGGUGUGGCACACUCGUUGUCCUGGUACCGCAAGGGCGAUAGAUACCCGGGCAGCAAGCUCUACGCCCGCACCUGGACACCGGAGGACCCCCGGGGGCCCCAUUCGCAGCCCCAGCCCCUGUACAACAACAGCAACUCGAACCAGAAUCAGAACCACAAUCAGAAUCAGAAUCAGAACAGCAACCAGAGCAGCGACGAGUUCAGCGGAAGUGGAAGUGCCGAUAUGUCCGAUCCGGGUGCGAUCUUUAGCAGCGGUAGCGGAAUAUGAAGGCCAAGGUCCCCAAUAUGAACACUGAUCUGAAAAUGGUCAGAGAGAUUGAGAUGCAAGGGAAAUCCUACUAGUCAAGCCCUGCUAGUCACGGCACCUAACACAUAUUAACCAACUUAAUAAUUAUAUGAGGAAAACAAGUUCUGUGGUAUUUAAUUGCUCUAAGUUCGCUAAUAUCUAAAUGUUAUACAUAGUGGUUUAGUUCAAAUCGAAUAAACAUUCAACACAAAUCAA